GAGGGGCCUGGGAAAGGCGGCGGCCGCGGGGCGGGGCGGGGCGGGGCGGGGCGGGGCCGCUUCCCGGCGGAGCCCGGAGCGCCCGGCGGAGGCCCGGCAGCCGGCACUCACCAUGAAGCGGCCCCGGCAGCCCAGCGGCUCCGACGGCGAGUCCGACGGCCCCAUCGACGUGGGCCGCGAGGGAGAGCUUGGCCAGAUGGCCAGGCCGCUGUCCACCCCCAGCCCUUCGCAGAUGCAAGCCCGGAAGAAGCGCCGCGGGAUCAUAGAGAAGCGGCGAAGAGACCGCAUCAACAGCAGCCUCUCGGAACUGCGGCGCCUGGUCCCCACCGCCUUCGAGAAGCAGGGCUCCUCCAAGCUGGAGAAGGCUGAGGUCCUGCAGAUGACGGUAGACCACUUGAAAAUGCUCCACGCGACCGGCGGGACAGGAUUUUUUGAUGCCCGAACCCUGGCCGUUGACUUCCGGAGCAUCGGUUUCCGGGAGUGCCUCACCGAGGUCGUCCGGUACCUGGGGGUCCUGGAGGGACCCAGCAGCCGAGCGGACCCCGUGCGGAUCCGCCUCCUCUCCCACCUCAACAGCUACGCGGCUGAGAUGGAGCCUUCCCCCACCCCUGCCAGCCCCCUGGCCUUCCCUGCCUGGCCCUGGUCCUUCUUCCAUAGCUGUCCGGGGCUGUCCGCCCCCAACGGCCAGCUUGCCAUCCUAGGAAGAGUGCCGGGCCCCGUCCUCCCCAGCGCCUCCUCUCUUACGUACCCCACCCCGGCUCUCCGCACCACUCCCCUGCGCAGGGCCGCUGCCACCCUCCUGCCAGCCCGGAGGAGUUUGCUGCCCAGUCGAGGGGCAUCUUCUGCCCGGAGGGUCCGCCCUCUGGAGAGGCCAGCCGUCCCCCUGCCCAUGGCCCCCAGCGGCAGGGCUGCCCGGAGCAGCCACAUGGCACCCUUCCUGCCAUCCUCUUCCCCCACGGCCCCCAGUGCCGGGAGGUCCCCUGCCUAUGCCACUGUUCCUGCCGCCAGGCCCUCCGCCCUCAGGCCGUCUUCCCCUGGGCCCGCUGGGCGGCCGGCACGGGCCGUGCUCUGCCCCUCCUGGGCCUCCGAGAUCAUGGACGUGGGGGCUUUCUAAGCUGCCCCGCCCCGCACUGAGGAUGGGGAGCUGAAGGUGGCUCUGCCUUUCCAGCCCUGCCUCCUGGACUGGCUCAUGAGUGCCAGCAGCAUCUUCACCCAUCAGAGCCCUCUGCCCCCUCCUAACUGCUCCUCCAGCUUCCCCACUGGCUCUCCUGCAGCAGUUCUCACCGCAGAGGCUUGCUUUCACUUCUGACCUGGACAGAUGCGUUCCGGAAGACCUACUAGUAACAGCCGCGCCCAGACCCCUCUCCUGCACCAGGGUACAGGGGCAGCAGGCAUGAAUCUCCCUCUGGGAACAAAGCUUUGACCUAAAACGCACAGAGGCCUGAGGCUGGCUGCUUCCCAAGAGAGAUCAGACCCCAACCAGGAGCAGUGACUGACUGGCUGCCGCCUUCCCAGGCCCCAGGGCUGGAACCCAGUGUCUGCCCCGCCCACCUGCCUUCUGCCCACCCAGCACAGCGGACCACAGCACAGAGCCGCUGGCCACCACGGCCAAGGCCUGGGGGUCGGGAGCCCAGCAGGGCCUGCUGCAGACACCGUCCCUCCAGCUGACCAGCAGUUCCCUGCACACAGCUGGGAGGUCUCCUGGCAGCAGUGCAGCUCCUCGACCCCGACCACCAGGCCUGGGACAGCGCGCUCAGACUGGAGCCGGGACUGAGCAGAGAACCCAGCUCUCUGCCCUGCGCUGUCACCAUCCUCCAGGCGUGUGGCCCCCGCUGUGCGAACGGUGUGGACAGCCAUGUUCCCACGUGAUGGCGCUCAGAGAGCAACCCUCUUGGGAUUCAGAACCAGACGUUCGUGCUGCCUGGUUUGCAUCCGGCUCACGGAGCCCAGACUGCUGGGACAGCCAAGGCCGUAGGCUGGACAGAAAUAACUGCGAGGAGGCCCAGAGGAAGGGCAGACAGAGGCGGCCUGGCCCUGCCAGGUCACGCAGGGGGUCGAGGGCCUGAGAGCCUGUUCACCCAGGAUUCCACACAGCUGGCUCUGUUCACAGGCUCCUUACCCAGCUCCAGCCCAGGCCCCACGUCUCUCAGAGGGAACAAACGGCCCAGUCACCAUUCCCCGAGGGAGGGCAGAGGCUGGACAAGGCUGGGGUAGACCCAGGACUGACAUUCAACGGGACCAGUGUUGCCAGACCUGUUGCUAAGAUGUAGAAACUCAUGUGCUCCAUGGCAACGCCCUGCCUCCCCUGAGUGGCUCAGGUGUCCCCCACCACAUGGCUUUGCCCCCAGGACCCCUGUGCUGGUUGAUGCCCAGCAGACCCAGGGUCACGGAGCCCUCCAGGGCAAUGCUGGUGCUCGUAGCGCACUGGUUAUUAGACACGUCCAGUGCCACCGCCGGGGAGAUCCUCGCACCCACCCUUCGAUGGAACUGCCCUCCCCAGAGGCUAAAUGAAGGAGACUCUCUGGGCUCAAAAGUAGACUUUGCAAACACC